CUGCUGAUGUCCUGCAGUCCCUGAAGGCGCCACGGUUCUCCGCUGUUGUGGCUGCAGAGCUCUGGUCCGCAGGAUGAGAAGCGGUGGGGAUGCUGCCGCCUCCUGUCCGGUUCCUCGGUCGGUGUGACGGGAAGCAGCCGCAGCCAUGGCCUCGGACAAUUGUCUGUUUGUGUGGGCUGAUCAGUGUGUCAUUGUGUGUCCCCUCCCCCUCCCCCUCCUCCCCCCAGUCACCCCUGAGGCCAUCGGCUUCCUGUCGGCGGUCGGCGUCUUCAUCGUGGCGUUGGCCGUCCUUUUCCUCUUCAUCAACAAGAAGCUGUGUUUCUCACGAGUCGGCGGGCUGCCCUGCCUCGAGCAACAUGGCCGCCGCAAGAAGGGACGCCUGGGGAUCCGCCAGGGGCUCGUGAACAGUUAUGGUGACGACGAUGACGACGAUGGCAGCAGCUCCUCCGACAGCGAAGACGAGAUCCUGAAGCAGUUUGAGAUCUCAGUGUCGCGCUCGCAGAGUUUCCGGACGGCGGCGAACAGCGGCGAACAGCAGCAGCAACAUCAGCAGCAGGCGUUGGGUCGACGGCACAAGUUCACCCGACUGUCGGACCAGGAGGAGGGAAGCACCGAACCGUCGGACUGUGAAGAAAUGGAGGCUCAGAGUCGGCAGGGUUUCCAGGACCCGCUGUCGGCAGUGGUGGCGGAAAGCAAAAGAGCGUCGGCAGUUUCUCUGGACAAACCGGCCGUCGGAGUCGAGGCUUCGGCCGCCAGAGAGAGUCCGACCCCGAGUAUGAACCGACAGGCCGCCGAUGGCAGCGAGGACACAGAGAACGCCGUGGACCUCGACAAGAACGAGGCCACGGACAGCUCCUCCACCUGGAGCCCCGAGCAAGAGCAGCCUCCCCAGGACCAAGUCCCGACUCAGCCGGUCUGUCCCUCCCCUCGGACCCCGAUCUCUAAAUGUGGAGACCUGGUCCUGUCUCUGGAGUACCACCCGGACUCGGAGAAGCUGCUGGUCUCGGUGGUGGCGGCCCACGACAUCCCCGACAAGGCCCGCAGCGGCAUGGACUCCUGGCAGGUCCACAUGGUUCUGCUGCCGUCCAAGAAGCAGCGCCACAAGACGUCGGUCCAGAGAGGGUCACUGCCACAUUUCAAUGAGACGUUUCGCUUCUCGCGCCUGGAACCGUCCGACCUUCAAAUGUCGGCAGUCCGGUUCCGUCUGUACGCCCUCGGGGGAAGGAUGUCCCGGGAAAGGAUGAUGGGUGAGAAGGUUCUGCGUUUGGGAGGGUUGGAUCCGGAUGGAGGGACGAUGGAAACGACGCUGGUUCUGGAACCUCGAAGUAAUCUAAAGAGUGUCGACUCCCAGCUCAGUCUGUCUGCUGUAUCUCAGAGUGACAGCGCCUCGUCCACUCAGUCUUUGACCCACGGCGGUGUCCCAGAGCUGCUGGUUGGUCUUUCCUACAAUGCCACCACGGGACGGAUGUCUGUGGAGCUCAUCAAGGGAAGCCACUUCAGAAACCUGGCCAUCAACAGGCCUCCAGAUACUUAUGGACGGCUGACUCUGCUGAACUCGGUUGGUCAGGAGAUCUCCCGCUGUAAGACGUCGGUGCGUCGUGGCCAACCGAAUCCCGUCUACAAGGAGACGUUCGUCUUCCAGGUGGCGCUGUUCCAGCUGUCGGACGUCACGCUGCUGGUGUCCAUCUACAAUCGGCGCAGCAUGAAGCGCAAAGAGAUGGUGGGAUGGAUUGCUUUGGGCCAAAACAGCAGCGGUGAGGAGGAGCAGCUGCACUGGCAGGACAUGAAGGAGAGUCGAGGACAGCAGGUCUGCCGCUGGCAUGUCCUGCUGGAAGCGUAACGCCCCCGGCGGACAGGAUUUAGUGGGUUUUUUUCUUGUAUUUUAAAGGGUUUGAAGGGUUUAGUUAGAAAUCUGGAGGGAAUAGAAAAGGCUUGAAAAUCUUGCACAAGGUUUUAAGGAUUCAAGAACUCCACACCAUCGACACAUUCGUCCAAACCUGGAAAAACAUCAAACUCGAUAAUUUGUGUUGGCAUUAAUGACAAAUUCAAUGACCGUUAGAGGCUGACAGAAAGUAAAAUAACAUCCCUAACACCUAGAUUCCACAUAGUUCUGUAUGUAAGUCUACUACAAGUCUGAUAUCUUGGAUGUUUACAAAACUCUACCUUUCGUUUUGUGGUUUCCGGUCUGGAACUUGCCUCGAGUACAUUUACAAAUUAGAGCUUUUUGAUUUCGGAGAGGACGAAUGAGCUAACAGGCUAUUUAGCUGCUUCACAGUCAAGUUUUAAUUAUAUGAACCGCAUUUUGUUGCAAUUGGUGGCCAACUGUUGAUGCUUCUGCAGCAAUCUGUUGUCCAGACUGUCAAACUUCUUUGUUCGCAUCGCCUAAAUCCCAAAUUCUAGUUUGCAUAUUUGUGUUGUUGUUGUAAAAGAGUUCUGGUUCGUGUCCACAAAGACAUUUUUAGACGUGAGACAUUGCGGUGGUUUCCAAAACUGGGCGUCAGAUGGGGGUCUAACCAGGCAGUGUCAGGAUAGAAUGCUUCACUCGUGACUCCUGGGGUUCAAACUAGACCAAUGUGGCAACAUGUUUGGAAACUUUUUGCUUAUUUGACGAAAAUCGCUGACCAAAAUGUGUUUCUAAAAACACGCAGAAUGAUGAAUAAGCUGCUGAUUCAGAUCAGCGAUGGUCAUUUUAAAAGUUUUUGGGUAGAUUCUUGAGGUGUCCAUUGGUGGCUGGUUUUCCCUGAUUUGCAUAAAAUAGUCAAAGCUUCAAAUUUAUGCAAACGAGGAGCUAGCAACUCAGUGCUACCACAAUGCAAUGCAUGGCUGCUUAUGUAGACAAUGAGUGGGCCACAUAGAAAUGACAGAUCCAGGUGAAUUCCAGAGCUCUAGACCGAGUCGAGGUUUUGUUUCCAAUGAAACAAACCUUUGUGGACAUUUGCGGUAAAUUGUUGGUUCUGGUUCGAUACGCCUGAUGUACGUCUUUGCCAAACGACUGCUGAACAAUUAAAUCCUGAGCAUGAAAAACGACCUUCAGACAACAUCCUCAAAUCCGUCUUUGGCUUGUUCCCAAUGUGCAAUUAAAAACAAGUUAGUUUAGCGCAUGCUAACUGCAUAAGGUACAGUUUUUGUGGCGGAAAUGCUCCAUAUUCCACAAAACUGAUCAAAUUAGCUUCUUUCGUACAUUUCCUUGCACUGAACACAAUAUUAUACAGAAUUACAGACAACUAGCAAAACUGUGUGGAAACAAGGUGUUAGCUUGAUUUAGUAAAGAAAAAUAGACUGUCCGCCUCAAAUAGGAACUGAGAAUUUGUCUUUCCUGCUGCACUUUUGUUCCUCUAGAGUUAGAGACGACUUUAAGCUGUGUGUGGAAAGCUUUUUAUUUUUAGUUCUUGCUGUUCUGGAUUGUAAACCAGCUGAAACCGAACUGCAGAAUGAGAAGAAACAGAGAAGAAACUGAUAGAUCCCGGAAAUAUUAGCUUCAUAUCCUCUCAGAAAUGAAAGAUUUUGGAUUUCACAUGUUCAUGUUGAACUGGGAACGUUUCGAUCAACUCAUUGUCCUUCAUGAAAGCAUCAGUUUACUCUAUCAGCAACAAAAGACACAAUAAGAACAAAAAAACACCAAGUUUACAGCACUGCAAAUAGCUGCAUGGGACUACAGGUUAUCUUCUUCAUUUACCCCAUCGGUCGAGCUUUUGUUUGUUCCUGCACUUUCCCAGUUUACAGCAUAUUGAAUGAGAUUUAGAAGAGCUUAAAGAGUCUUUGUGAUGGUUAGAAGUGCAUCUGUAGUUGUAGACACAAAAAAGUGGAAGAAAAUCCAGCAGAAACGACUGAAGGAAGCACAUUGAUUUUUAGAAACCAUUUAGACAUAAAACUUUAGUUUUUUAGAUUCAUUCAUGUUACAAAAUAAAUAAUUCAAAGGUUUGUUUUCAUUCAGAGUUGGUAAAAUAUCACGGAGCUGCUGAUGAUUAGUGUUCAAAUUGUGCAAAUGCAGUAGGUCCUCGGUUUAUGACGUCCUCGACCUACGGCGCUUCAUGGUUACGUCGCCAUCGCCCAUAAAUUUAUUAAGAAAGUCUUGUUCCAUCUAUGGUGCUUGCGAUGUUAAAACUAAUUUCGCGUGGGAACUACCUGGCAAGCGGAGUGGACAAAUAUGUCGUCACGUGGCGCUAUGAGAGGAAGACGGCUUUGUUUACAUUCACCGGCUGUACGCCACAUUGGAUUAGGCUACGUUCGCUUUCUUUUGUUUGUGUUGUUUUUUGGAAACUUUUUGCCCUUCGUUAUGGCUCCCAUGCGUAAAUCAGACUCUUCUGUGCUUUGACCAAAAGGAAAGCCAUUUGCAUGGAAGUGAAAUUAGAUAUAAUAAAACGCUUGAAAAAGGGUAAGACACAUAUCUGACUUAGGUCAAGUUUGACAAAAAAAACAUUCAACCUGUAGAUACAAUUUGCUGAACUGGCACCACCUUUCUAUGUUUCUUUUCUAAAUUUACCUUUUAAUUUGAACAAUCUCCAGACAUCCAGUUUGGAUUUCCACCAACAAACCAGCAAUCAAUCUGUUCAAUUUCUUUUCAAUGUUGGCCAUUGAUCUGACAAAAAAAGACUCGUUGGGAGUCGGUGGCUGUAAUUUGGGGAUUUGGAGUCACUGUUGAGACGCUAAUCCCAAAAAUAGCCUAUUUAAUCUGGAUUUAUUGGAGAUGUUUGGUGUUAAGUGACAACAAAAGCAGCUAAUCUAACUCAUGCUGAGUUCAACAGUGAACGUUGGCGCUCAGUCAGUGAAUCCUCUUCUCCAGAAAACCCAACCUGUUUAAAACACAGAAGAAUCUGUGCUUCUGUAAAAACACUUCAAAAUCCUGAUGCCGUUCCCUGAGCGAAUGCAAUAUUUAAAAGAAAUUAACAAUUAAAAUAUACAAUGAAAAAUUAAAAAGGCACAGUAAACAAAAAGUGACUGGCGUACUUUGAUGUGUAAAUAAAUAUACAAUAAAUACGCAAAAGUGCUUUUUGAACCUGUAAAAAAUGAAUUUCGGAAGCUAUAAAUAUACAUUUUUGAACAUUUUUGAUAAAUCAACAACACAAAUUUGAAAUUUACACCAAAUAAUUUAAUACUAGAAGUGAAACACAUUUGUUUUCCGUGCCAGUUUAGAGAUCAAUGGUGAAGUCAGUGUUGCACUGUUAAACAAUAAGCGGGAAUUUAGUGGAAUCGACCGAUCUUUGUAUUUGAACGUGUUUUAAAAAUGUACUUUUUUUAAAUUUCAAGUUAUUUAAACUGAAAAAAUGUCAAACUUUAAUUAACUUAUGAGCAUAUUAGCAGACAGAAACACUAGCUAGUAAAGGGGCACCAUGACAAAGCCUUUUGAGACACUUUAUGACCUGCAACCAGAACUCAUGCAUUUAUAUUAAAUAGUGGUUUAAAACGGCAACAUCAGCAUUGGAGAAAUGUCCAGUAUGUAUAAUUUAUAUGAUAAAUUAAUCAGCUAUUGAUUGAAAAUACUGCACUUUCCCAAAAAAUCUUCAAAUUUUCAACACCUGUGUAAUAAUGAGACAUAAAAAACGGAAUAAGAUUAGGUUUGUGCCAAUACCGAUCACUUAAAAUUCGCUUUAAUUGGCCUCAGUCUUCAGAUCUCUAGUUGUUUCGUUUUUAAAUAAUAAAAACUGUACCGCCUGUGAAGAAGUCAGUAAAAACCAGGCAAACAAGUGAAACAAUGCACCAAAUACUCAAAUUUUUCUUUAUGUCGAAUGAAAAGCUGACACUCAAACUGAAAAUUUUGAAAAAACUGGUCAUUUUAUGUUGAAUUGGAUGUUAAAGUUAAAAGAGGACCGAAUUAAAUCAAAGAAACAAGACAAAAGUCUAUUGGAAUUGAACAGUCCAGUAAAUAAACAGUUCAUAAUUAUACAUUUACACAACAGGCAGUAUUUAAUCAAGAUAACCUUCAUCUAAAAUCCUAAACAGGUCUGUCACUCAGUUGUAUUUUACAGUGUACAGAUAUAUAUUUAUAUGUGACCAUAGAGUACUGUGUAAAGAGCCAGGCCUGGGAGUAAAUCAUCGCUGGUUUAAGUGGAGUAGGAAGGCGUCUCAUUCAUAUUCAGAGCUCAUUCAUAUUCUGGAGCUACUACAGGCAGGAAGCCCAGCAGCUGGAGACUCUUAACCCGCCUCAUCAGCGGUGAAUGAUGCGAUCUGGCCUCGACUCGGCCUCCUUCAACGGGCCAAAGCUCAUCUCAACGCCCAUCGACGCUGAACUGAAAAGAGGCUUUAAAUAUCUCGCUGCAGCUGUUAGUAACAUGCGACGAAUUGCCCUGGAAGCGUGUUUUUUUCUCUCUCUCAGCGGUAAUUUGUAGUUACAGCUGUAUGGUGCGAUGACGGUGAUGCUGCCGCUAACGCUCAUCCUCUUCCCAUCUGAAGGCGGCAGUUCAGCCCGGAGGGGGAUUAAAUCUGUUUGUGUCGACGGAUCCUGCAGAUCCAAAACCCUCGGGGGGUUCAGAUGUGUUUACAGCAGCGUUUGUUGUCUUUGGGCAGGUGAGAAUAGAAUAGAUAGAAGUUUUACAGCCACAGAGAGACGCUAGUUGGUGAUAAUAUAACUACUAAACCUUCAUCCUCAUCAUCACAUAUGCCAGAUGUUUUAAUAUGUAGACUGGAGAUUUGUUGCAGAUUUAUUAGACUAGUCAAAAAGAACGCUUCAGAUGUCCACGUAGUCACUGUUCAAGAAAAAAUGAUGUCAAUUUUACCUGAUAUCCACAAUUCAACUCCAUACACUAAUGUUCAAAAGUUUGGGGUCACUUAGAAAUGUCCUUAUUCUUGAAACAAAAACAGUUUUUUCAAUGAAGAUAACAUUAAAUGAAUGAUAAAUCCAAUGUAGACAUUGUUAAUGUGGUAAAUGACUAUUCUAGCUGGAAACGGCUGAUUUUUAAUGGAAUAUCUCCAUAGGGGUACAGAGGAACAUUUCCAGCAACCAUCACUCCUGUGUUCUAAUGCUACAUUGUGUUAGCUAAUCAUGUUGAAAGGCUCAUUGAUGAUUAGAAAACCCUUGUGCUGUUAUGCUAGCACAUGAAUAAAAGUGUGAGUUUCAUGGAAAAUGUGAAAUUGUCUGGGUGAUCCCAAAAAUGUGAGCGGUAGUGUACAUCUGCAAUGUCUUUCGAAUAGUUGUAAUUCUAGCUCAAGAUAUCAUUAAAUUCCCUUCAAUCUAGGUAUAAAUUAAGUAAAUACCUUUAAAGCUCAAGUGGGCAUCUACAGGAUUUACAGAUAUUGUCAUUUUGUACAAGAAAAGUGUAGUACACAAAUACCAAAAUAAUGUAGUUUUUAGUUAAACCUACAUAGUCGAAAGCCCCAUUAGUCUGGUUAGCUUAUUUUCCGUUAGCGUGUUGCACAAAAUUCGUCUUUUUAAAUAGUUUUUUUGUGCCUACUGUACAUGCAAUCUCAUAAGUUAGGUUUCAGUUUGUCAAAUUUAUGUUGUAGAGAUCUUGAGCUGCAACUACGAUUGUUCGAAAUGCGUUAUCUUCCAUUAGUGUUUUGAAUCGCUAAAAUGAUGUUAGACCCUAUGGCAAGUGUGUAGCAACUUUCUUUUAAAACAUACUUUUUACCCACAACCACCAUUUUACCUUCAUUUUAGAGCAGCCGAAGACCAAAGUUCCAUUAAAUUUUCACUGUAGGUUUUUGAUGAACGAAGCUCUCAUUUUCUUCAAACUCUACACUGAUGAUAUCUUUCUAUUUCAUGGCAUUUUCUAGCUGUUUCAUCCACCACUGCAGCCAACGUUACUGCUCCUAACACUGUAUAAAUGCUUUACAGGAACAAUAUCCAAUCAUCCAGAGCAAUUCAGGCCAGUCAUAAAGAUGUUUUAGAUAUCAGAACUAAUAUUCUGACCAGUUCACUUAGAAUUACACAAGUGUUUGUAAAGACGACUCAGAUGAUCCACGACAUCCAAACAGUUUUUUCUUCCAUGAUUUAUUGGGUCGUAAUUGAUUCAGGGAAACUUCCAGCAGCAGAAAGAUGUUUUUUUUUUGUUUUUGUUUUUUUUUUUUUUUAGUGUAAGGGUUAAGGGGCACAACUGAUGGAUUCAUUUGUGAAACACAGAAACUAAGCUGUAGGUGUUGUAAACUGCAGAUGUGUAGUGACGGCUGUUUCAGGUAUAAAUGAAGCCAAUAGGAGUGCUGCAGCUUUAAAGCUUCAGUGGAUGUAUAGAAUAUUGUUUUUGUUGAUAUUAUUAUUUUGUAUAUCAUAGUACACUAAGACCAAAAUAAGGUAGUUUUGAGUUAAACGUACAAAGAUGGAGUCAGAAUACCAAUUAGCCUGGCUAGCUUCUUCUUCUACUGUUAGCUUGUCUUGACAAAAUUCUUAAAAAUUCUUGAAAAAUGUAACUGUUUGAAGCAGCUGUUGAAAUAACAAUGGUCACUGAGAGAUUUUAUAAGCUAUAACAAGCUAUCUAGUUAACAUUUUUGAAAGUUUUUUUUGUCCUAGCUAUAUUUAAUCAAAAUGUAGUUUUGAGUUAAAUCUAUGAGACUUGAGUUACUCCUACAAGACAGAAGUCCGGUUAGCUUCUUUUCUGUUAGCUAAUCUUCUUUUUUUUUUUAAAAGUCUCUUUGUGUUUUUAUUUGAAACAUUGAUUUUCAAACACUUGACUGAAAAAUUCUUAGCAAGCAGCAGUUAAGUUGACAACAGUCACUCACAGCUAGCUAGCUCGGUAACAUUCGCCCUACAAGUUGUUCGGAAACUCUUCGCACUUGCUUUAUUAAUGUUUAUAUUUUAUCUCCAGCUUUAUUAAAACACUGUGCUUCUUAAAAACUAAAACAAUGCAGUUUUGAAUUAAGUCAACAAAGACGGAGAAGACAAGCUAACAGAAAAGAGGCUAACAAGUCCUGUCAGAUUCCGUUCCAUUAGCUUUUCUAACAAAGCUUCUCUUUGUCACUUUUUUUUGUCGAUAUUCUAAUUUAUAGUCAUUUCAAGAACUUUGGCUGCUCCAAUCAAAGACACAUUUCAACUAUAGAUGAAGUGACAACCAUCAGUUACAGACUUUAUUAGCUCUUGCAAACUAACAAAUUAGUGUUAGCCACAAAUGUUAGUUGGAAAUUCUCUGCACCUGCUUUUUUAAUGUUAAUAUUUUAGCUACAAAAAUGAGAAACCUGCCAAAGUGUCUUAAAGUGUGUACAGUGGUUGCAUUCGAGAUAUUAUGCUAACUUAGCUCCAAGAGGUUAAUGUUAGCAUGUCUCUAGUCAGACGUUAGCAUCUUCACUAGCUGUAAAAGACAUACAAAUUAGCUAGUUAGCUGUCAUAUUUUAGCACAAUACUCAAAAGCAUCAGCAUGGUUCAGAUUUACAUUUUUAAAUGUAAAUCAUGGUAACGUUAGCACAGUUUUGCUAACAAUAUGUUUUAUUAUUUUUUUGGUGUGAUAACCAUUUCACUGUCUUGGGCUAAUAUACAUUGGUUGACAUUAGAGUAGGCUGUUAAAUCGACAAAAUAUGCUCCCCCUUGCUAUGAUGCUAAUGUUAGCAUCUUGUUUUUGACCCAAAAAACACAGAUUUUAAUUAGUUUCUUUCAGUUUUGCUCCUUUGUUUUUGGUUUGGAAAGAAGAAAUACUAUAAAACCACACGUAUAAUGUUGAAAUUCCCAAAACUUCAUAGAUUCGCAGGUUGCUAAUAAGCUACGAUUUGACAAGAAGUUUAGCAAAUAGUCUGAUUUCUCUUUGUAAUUUAGCUAGCUUGGAAAAAUGAUCCUUUCGCUUUGAUGAUUAAGGUUUAAAGAGACCUCAGCUAACUCCAGAGUAGUUGUGUUUCUACAGGGUUUAGGGAUGUUUUACAGUGUGUCUUUAAAUUAUUUAUUGGUCUUAAGGUUAAGUUUUCUUUCUACCAGAUUGAUAUCAGCACUCCUAUUCUACUGGCUUCACGUGUGACUGUAAGUAGUGAUAUGAGCUGUAUUUACUGCACAGACGGAUCUAUUUUAUGCAUGUUAAGUUGUUGUACAGAAUCUAUCAUAUCUAUUCUAUUUUUUAAGAUAGUAAAUGUUUAAUGUUAUCGAAUCUUUCCCAGGAUUGUAUUCACGGAUCUGCACGCUCAGUCCAGGAUCCCAGGUUUGUAUUACAGAUGUGAGACAAUCAGAUUGUGCUGCAGAUGUAAUACAGUCGUAAUACUGAUGAAGUGCCUGUAACAUUUUGAGAUGAAACAUAUCCACUGUGUCGCAGAGACGAUAUACAUUUGCAUGAAACCUUCUUGUUGUUACCUAUGAAUGCUGCUGUAGGACUGCAUGUCUGGGAGGUUUAUUCAUUGAGGUCCGGACCAGGGCUGAAGUCAGGUCGGAUUCAGUCGGGUUCAAGUUUACAAUGGGGUUGAAACACUGUUAAAACCAAAACCAGAGCCAAAAACAUCAAGUAAACAAGCUCUAAACAUUUCUAACUCAUUACCAAAGGUAGAUUCACUAUAUUUAGUACAUGAAAGUGCAAUUUAAAGGAAUUUGUUGAUCAAUUUGAAAUUAGGUGAAUUUUUUUCUAUAUACUCGGCACUUUUUCCGAAGCAUCCGUUGAAAUGACAUGGGUAACUGACAGAUUUUAUCAGCCUCAACAAGCUAGCUAAAUAACAUUAGCCCCAGGUUGGUUGGUGAGUUGAUUAGAAACUCUCUGGAGUUGCUGUUUUAUGUUAAUAUUUUGUCUCUGGCUUUAUAAAAAACACUGCAAUAUUUGAUGACAAAAAUAAUCAAAUCUAAGCCUACAAAAUAGAGUUCCAUUAGCCCAGUUAGCUUAUUUUCUGUUAGUCUAAAAAAAGGUCUCUUUGUCAGUGUUUUUAUUCGAAAUAUUUGAAGCCAUUAGUAAUUUUUUUAAAAUUUGGACUCUGAUUUCCAAACAAAAAAACUGGUUUUUGACAAGCAGUGGUUGAAAUGACUUUGGUCACUGACUGCUAGCUAGCAAGCUAACUGACGUUAGCCCCACAAGUUGGUUGGAAAUUCUCUGGAUCUGCAUUUUAAUGUUAGUAUUUUGUCCCUGCCUUUAUUUUUUGCCUUUGAAGACUGAAAUAAUGAAGUCUUGAAAGUCUUAAGCUAAGCCUACAAAGAUGGAGUCCUAUUAGCCCUGUGAGCUUCUGUUCUGUUAGCUAGUCUAAAUGAAAAGUCUCAGAGUUUUAUUCGAAAUAGAAGUUUUUUAAAAAACUUGACUGUGAUUUCUGAACAAAAAAACAUGUUUUUAACAAAGCAGUAGUGGAAAUGACAUUGGUCAUUGACAGUUAGCUAGCUAGCUAACUAACGUUAGCCCUACAAGUUGGUUGGAAAUUCUCUGUAGCUGUUUUUUUAUGUUAAUAUUUUGUCUUCGGCUAUAUAAAAACACAACAGUGCUUACAGACUAAAGUAAUGUAGUUCUGGGUUUAACCUAUAAAAUUAACAAAACUGAAAUAUUUUCUGUUAGGUUUUCUAAUAACAUUUUUCUUUCUCUGUUUCUUUCUCAAAAUAAUUACUCAUUUAGAAAAGUUUGCAAUGAUUUACAGAAUUAAGAAAGACAUUUUUUUUUAAGUCUGCAACAUGUCAAAACUGUCAAAACCAAAACCAGGGCCAAAAACAUCAACGAAACAAAUCUUAAACAUGUUGAAAGUUCAUUUUUUUAAUCUUAUUACCAAAUAUAGGUUCAAUAAAUUAAGUACAUAAAAGUUAAUUUAAAGGAAUUUGUAAUAUGUGAACAUUUUUCUCUAUGUAACCCAACAAAAUCUAUUUAAUGAUUUCUUUUUCCAAUGUUGGCUCAACAGAAAUGCUGUGUUUUUAUAACCUUACAGCAUUACUAAACAGUUUUAUGGUUCCGUUUAUGUUAUGGCAGCUCUUGGUUCAGAGAUUUAAUACAGAAAACAUCCACAUUGAUCUGAGUCACAAUGUGUUUGUUUACAAUUAAUCAUAACCAGAAUGUUUUCUAACCUUAACCGGACUGUUUUUGUUGCCUAAACCUACCACAGACCUGUUGGAGGUUCGUACGAGUCGUAUGCCCCCUAUCCACCCCAACAACCUCCCUCCAAUCCGGCGAGCAUGUUGCACUGGAACGCAGCUUGUUUUGUAGGCAGGGUUGCAAUAUAAACUCGAAGUCAGUAAGUUUUGAAGCAAGUACGGUUGUUAAAAGUUGAGUUAAAAUAAGUCUGACUACAAAACUGAAGCCCAAAGAUUAAACUUUCUUUUCCCAACAGACCCGUGAAUCCUGAACAGUCCUGGUCCGGUCCCUGCAUGCCGAGCACCGCGGCACCCAGAAAGCACUUUUUGUACCAAGUUUUGUUGUUGCCAAUAAAAGCCAGAAGAUCCCUGC